AAAUGUAGUUCAGCAAAUGAAGGCCGCGGCGCAAAGCUCUCUGGGGCUGGUGGUUCGAAGGGUCCUAAGGAAAAGCUGAGCUGCGUCCAGUCCAGCUGGAUGUUUCCCCAGAGGAGCUCGGGGUCCCGCACGGCUCAGUCCCUGCUCCGCUUCGCUCCGCGGGGCAUUCUGGGAGGGGACGUCGUGGGUCUCGGGUCGCUGGGCGGGUUUCCAGAGCCCGCGGCGCCGGGAGGACAUUGUUCUCCAAAAGAGAAGAUUAAAGAAGAAAGGAAGAAUGGCUGUUGGACUUUGUAAAGCCAUGUCUCAAGGUUUGGUGACCUUCCGAGAUGUGGCUCUAGAUUUUUCCCAAGAGGAAUGGGAAUGGCUGGACCCAUCUCAGAAGGAUUUAUACAGAGAUGUCAUGUUGGAGAACUACAGGAACUUGGUAUGGCUUGGACUCUCCAUUUCUAAGCCCAACAUGAUCUCCUUAUUGGAGCAAGGGAAGGAACCUUGGAUGGUGGAGAAAGAGAUGUCAGAUGGUCAAUAUGCUGACUGGGAGUCUUGGUAUGAAAUCAAGGAAUUACCUCCAAAAUGGUACAUUGAUGAAGAGGAAAUAUCCCAGGGCAUGGUAAUGGAAAGACUUACAAGUUAUAACCUUGAAUAUUCCAGUUUCAGAGAAGCCUGGAAAUACGAGGGUGAAUUUGAGCGGCAUCAACAAAAUCAGGAGAGGCAUUUCAGGCAAGUGACAACUCUUAGGGAAAUCCCUGCUGUGAAAAGAGACAAUAAAUAUAACAAUUCUGAGAGAAGUGUUCUCUUGAAGUCAGUACUUUCGACACAAGAGAGAGUUCCCACAGUAGAGCAAAUGCAUAAAUUUGAUAUUUAUGAUAAAAUGUUUCCCCCAAAUUCCAUCCUAAUUGAACAUAAAAGAUUACCUGCUGAGAAAGAAUCUUUGAUAGAUAAUGAAUGUGAAGAAUUCAACCAGAAUACAUACCUUAGUAAAGAUAUAGGAAGUCCUCCUGGGGAGAAACCUUAUGAAAGUAAUGAUUUUUCAAAUCUCUUAAGUUUCCAUUCAUUACUUACUCAACGUCAGACGACUCAUUUUGGAAAAUUACCACAUGGAUUCAAUGAAUGUGAUGAUGCCUUUAGCUGUUACUCAUUCUUUACUCAACCUCAGAGAAUUCACAGUGGAGAGAAACCAUACGCAUGCAAUGACUGUGGAAAAGCCUUUAGCCAUGACUUCUUUCUCAGUGAACAUCAAAGAACUCAUAUUGGAGAGAAACCCUAUGAGUGUAAGGAAUGUAACAAAGCUUUCAGACAGAGUGCACACCUUGCUCAACAUCAGAGAAUCCACACCGGAGAGAAACCCUUUGCAUGCAAUGAAUGUGGGAAGGCCUUUAGCCGUUAUGCCUUCCUUGUUGAACAUCAGAGAAUUCACACAGGGGAGAAACCAUAUGAAUGUAAGGAAUGUAACAAAGCCUUCAGACAGAGCGCACACCUCAAUCAACAUCAGAGAAUUCACACUGGAGAGAAACCCUAUGAAUGUAAUCAAUGUGGAAAAGCCUUCAGCAGACGCAUUGCCCUUACUCUGCAUCAGAGGAUUCAUACAGGAGAGAAACCCUUUAAAUGUAAUGAAUGUGGGAAGACUUUUGGCUAUCGCUCACACCUUAAUCAACAUCAGAGAAUUCAUACAGGUGAAAAGCCCUAUGAAUGCAUCAAAUGUGGGAAGUUUUUUAGGACUGACUCACAACUUAAUCGACAUCAUAGAAUACAUACUGGAGAGAGACCUUUUGAAUGCAGUAAAUGUGGGAAAGCCUUCAGUGAUGCUUUAGUUCUAAUUCAUCAUAAGAGAAGUCAUGCAGGAGAGAAACCCUAUGAAUGUAACAAAUGUGGGAAGGCCUUCAGUUGUGGCUCAUACCUUAAUCAACAUCAGAGAAUUCAUACUGGAGAGAAACCCUAUGAAUGUAAUGAAUGUGGGAAGGCUUUCCAUCAGAUCUUGUCCCUUAGGCUACACCAGAGAAUUCAUGCUGGAGACAAACCCUAUAACUGCAGUGAAUGUGGGGCUAAUUUUAGCUGUGCCUCAGCCCUUAGACGACAUCAGAAAAUUCAUAAUAAAGAAACUCUCUGAUUAUAACAAGUGUAAGGAAGAAAACAGUCACCACUCAGUCCUUAUUAAAUAAAUAUCAGUCAAUUAAUUCUUUGGUUAAUGAUUCUAUGAAUGUAGUAAAUACGGAAAAAGGCUUCAGUUUAUGAGCAUCCCUUAUUUGAAAUAGCCUGAAUAGUAGACAUCUGUUACUUUUGGAUCUGUUCUAUGCCCCGUUUGAAAUUUACCUCACCCUCAUUGCGUAUCAUUCUGAUGAAACUAUUAAUCAGGGAAAGCAGUGGAUUGGUCAUGGGCUGGCCACAAGCUAGUUAAUAAGGGAUUGGCAGAUGGCCUUGUCUGGACCACUAGAACCCUAUAACAGGGUAUUGUUAUGGAUAGUCAGAGAAGAUAAUGUUUUUCCUGGAAUUGCAAGCUGCAAGGACUUUUUUUCAAGGUUAAAAACUCACCAGUAGCCUUUUUGCCACUACAUGAGGAAAGCCUUCCCAGGAUCAGUCCAACACAGAGAGACAGAAAUCUGAUGACAUUGUUUUUAUCUUCUCAAUUCAAUCAUGCCUGAAGUCUAUACCAUCUUUUACUUUUUCAUUUUUGUGAUACAAUAAAUUUCCUUUUUUUGCUUAA